AUGACCGACAGAAAAAGAAAUUUACAAAUGACACCCGACUAUUUUACAGGCAAUGAGGACGUAAAAAAAUUCUUAAAACAAUAUUCUAUGAUAACUGACUUUAAUAACUGGGACGAAAAAGAUAAACUAAAAUUUUUACCAAUGUUUGUAAAAGGAACUGCGAGCAAUUUCUUAGACAAUUUAAAUAAUUUAAAAACAAACUGGACAUGGAAAGAGAUAGAGGAUGCGUUUAUUGAUCAAUAUCUACCUAUUGAUUACACUACCAUUUUAAAGACAAAUUUAGAAAAUAGGAGACAGGGAGAAUCAGAGUCAGCAACAAGUUUCAUGACUGAGAUCGAAAAACAACUUACGGAAGAAGUUAAAAGAAUGAAUAUGCUGGGAAAGAAUACAAAUAGAUCUGUAGAUUUUAGAGAAAAUAGAUAUUAUGACGAUUAUGAAGACAAGAGUUACUAUAGAAAUAAUGAGACAAGAGGCCGUGAUUAUAAUAGAAAUAAAGAUUACUAUAGGAAACCAGAAUAUAGAUACAAAAGUCCAUACCCAGGAAGAUCGCGAGAAUCAAGCAGGGAUUCAAGAAGAUAUAAUAGAAACCGAUCUUUUUCGAGAGAUAAUCAGCGUAGAAAUAGAGAUAGAUCAUAUUCAAGAGAGAGACCAGACUCACGUGAACAAAGUUACACUAGAGAAUCACAAAGAGAUAAUUAUAAGAGACAAGAUAGUCGAGAUAGACAAAGCAGAUCGAGGACACCGGAACAAUAA